AUGAAAUCCUCAACAGGAUCAGACGCGUUUGCAUUGUUGGCCCUUGCAUUCAUCUCUAUAUUUGUCCUCCUGCUCCUCCGCCAUUUCCUGCCUCUCCGAACAACGCCUGCCUACCUCAUCCUUCCCAUCUUCCUAUCUCUCGCCCUCCCAAUCAGCAUCAUACUCCUUGUCCCCAUAGACCUCGCAUCGAGCUCCAGACCAGAUGAAGAGGCAUUGAGGGGGAUAUGGUUGCCCGAAGGUGUCAUGCUUGUGGCAUGGCGAAUGACCUAUUGGCUGACCUUUGCUCUCACUUGGGUCAUCCUGCCACUCCUCGGUGAAUAUACAGACUCCGGGUACCGUACACCAAAGGACCGCAUCUUCUACUCUCUCAGAUCCAAUGCGCGAUAUCAGCUCAUCGUCAUAGCCUGCGCAGCAGCAGCAGGUAUAUACGUCUUUCUACAGAAUGGGUUCGCAGGAGGCUCGGUCAAGUCAUUGGUCAUGGCAUUGGCCUACUGCUGGGGCUUGAUCAUGGCAAUAUACUUGAUGGGUCACGGCUUGGUCGCUGUACCCCGGAGACUGUUCCGCAAUGCAAAUGUCGCGGGGAGGUUGAAAAGAAUACAAAGCCAUGCCCCCAAGGUCAAUGAUCGCUUAUCGGAUGCAACAACAGAACUCGAAGAAUUGGAGGCUCAGCUCACCCAGCUCCGGAAACGGAAGAAUGCUGUUUCGAGAGACCAUGAGGAAUGGAUUGAAGAUAUAUCCGAUGCUUCGAGCUUGCCCAAUUCCCGUAUCGCAAGCACUGCAGCCCGUGUGCCAGCACCCGCCCUACCUGCAGUAAUUACUGACCGCUAUCUUGCUGAGCUAACCAGGAAGUUAACUCGUGCUCGGCAUAAACGUGCUCGCUUUGUAGAGGCUUGGGACCGCCUCAUACAGGAAGCAGUGGAUACUCAAGCGAUCGUUGACGCCGGUGCCUCGAGAAAGUUAGACUUCGGAAAAGCCUCACCACAUUCCUCAUGGUCAGAGCGUUUGAACUUCUUGACGCCGUACACCCGCUACUUGCUCUACUCGCAAGUGGUACCUGCCAUCAGGAUCGCCCAUGGAGCCGUCUUUUCGCUGGCUUCCGUGUGCAUCGUUUGGUCCGAGCUGGUCAAAUACGUGGCCCCAAAGCUCUCAAUCAUCAGUCUCACCAUACUUUCGCAUAGCAAAGCGCACGCAAAUGAAGUCGGCUUUGGAGGUCAGGUCAUUGCUUCGCUAUGGCUACUCUAUAUGUCCAUGGCCACACUCGCAAGCUUUGACGAUGUGAAGAUCUGGGGCAACCGCGCCCUCGUACGGAGAAACACAUACGGAGAAAGCGCUACGUGGUAUUCCGGGCAGAUAGCGAAGCUCACGGUACCGCUAGCUUACAACUUCUUGACCUUCUUUCCACGAGAUGUUCACAGAGAGACCAUCUUCUAUCACUUUCUAGGUCGAUUGAUCAACCUUACGCCUCUUGGGGCCGGGUUCGACUACUUCUUCCCGAUUUUCAUCUUAGUACCCGUUUGUGCCACGCUAUUCAAUCUCUAUGGCCGCGUGAAGAACGUCCUUGGCUUUGGCAUACUCGGAGAUGACGACGAGGGAAACCCAUCUGCAUUUGGCACCGGCGGAUGGAGAGAGGGCAAAGAACUCAUCGAUCGAGAAUUAGAGGGCGCCUCGCGACUUGGUCUAUCAGGCCACUUGGACGGCCCUUCCUCGCCAUUACCUUCUGGGACACAGAGCCCAACAAGGGCAGGGCCUCAACCAAAUCAUGCUCUCACAAGUCAAAGCGCUCGGCCCAGCGUUCCCAGACAAUCGACCUUUCAACAGCGGCAAGCUCAAAGGCUCGCAGAUGCAACGGCAGCCGCAGAAGAAGAGGAUGAGAAUGUAUUCCAAGGUUUCGCCCACCGAGUGAAGAAUACCAUCGACAGCGUCGAAAGACCUGACUGGCUGAGCGACCUGGGUAAACGGCCAAAGUGGAUGGGAAGAGCAGAUGGGAGUACCGAAGGAAGUGGGAGAGCUGAUUCCGGUAGGGGCAUGGGGAGAUGGUUUGGCGGAAGGCCUGCUGAUGGCCGAACUGGCCCUACUUCCUCGACGUCUUAUCCUACGAACAAUCAAACCCCACAGCAAAAGCUCAACUUCGAUCCUCCAUCUCCGCCGAAAUUCAAUGGUCUUUUACCGGCACGCAACCAUCCCGCAACGCCUGAAAGGCAUGGACAGGCAUAUUUGAGUGGUAGACAGAGCCAACCGAGGUCAGGUGCAGGCAUAGACCCCUCUUAUCUCUCGCCGCCAUCCAAGAUCGGCAGCCGACCGGAAUUGAAUGCGAGCAGAAGUGGCAGCGAAGCAGAUAGUCUAUUGGACCUCUACAGCAAACCCAGAAGCCUAGGUGAAACUAGCUUGAGAGAAAGCAUGGACAGAACGGAUCGAGGGCUGGCGCAGGAAGAGCCGUUCCUGGAGGUUGAGGACCCCGAACGAUCACGGUGGAUACACAGAGACAAGCUGGCAAUGAUAGAGAGCCAUGAGAUGCAAGAGGCUGGGAUUAAGCUGCCACCACAACGACAAAGAUCUAUCACUAGUAGAUCGAGAAGUCGACGGGAGAAGAACAGGAGCCAGGAUCAGAGUACAGUGGCGCCUGAUCGAGAUGAGGGAAUGCCGCCACUGAAGGAUCGGCAGGACAGAAGAACAGAGACACCAACACGGCAAGAUGACCGAGGAGAGCAAAACGUGGUGAACGAGUUUGACAUAAGGACACCAGAAGAGAUAGCAGCGGACAAUCACAUCGCCACGAAUCUCUCAAACGGAUACCACCAACCACAGCCUGACCUGCGAAAAAGCUCAUCUCGUAUACCCCUACCACGCUCGAGCCCCAUGCCUAUACCACAAGAACACAUCGAACGAGACCAUCCGCUCCCGCGAAAACGAGGCACAAGCGGCAACUAUAGCAACAGCGACGACAACGGCCUCUCUUAUUCUCGAAUACGCAGCCGUAACAACAGCGUCGGCAGCGCCAUCCUCCUCGACGAUAUCGACAACACCCCCAAUCACACACCUACACCUGCUUCCAACCCGGGCCCUCUCAACCAAUUCACCCCUUCCAACACUCAGCGCACACCCUCCUCAGCUCAACGACCCAAACCUCGCUCCGGCCUCGACACCACCCCUUUAAGUCAAAAGCCCCGAAUCAUCUCCACCACAACAACCUCCCUACGCACCCCAUCCUCACGCACCCCAUCCUCACGCACCCCAUCCUCAACCGUCCAACGGCCCAAAUCUCGCUCCGGUCUCGAACCCCGCCCUGCAACCGCCAUAAAUCGCCCCGUGGGCGAAGCCCCCUGGCUAGCCACCAUGUACAAACCCGACCCGCGACUACCACCCGAAGAACAAUUGCUCCCUACACACGCGAAGCGAUUACAACAAGAGCAGUGGGAGCGAGCGCAGAAGGAGUCGCAGCAGCGGAUGCGGGAAGUCGAAGGCCAACAAAGCAAACACCACCACCAAAAACCCACCGCGCAGUUGCCGCGCGAAUUCUCACCUUUAGCCGAACACACAAUCAACGGUCUCCAACCCUCCUCCCGCGACGCAGACGAAAAAGCCCUACAAGAGCAAUCAGCUCCCGAAUGGCCCCUGACGCAAGCCACACCACGCAAGCCACCACCGGCAAGCGGCGGCGGCUUGAAUGCCAACCCAGCCGCGGGCGGUGGUGACGACGGAGGACAACACGCAGGAUACAGUCCCAUCCCUCGCGUGAAGCAGGGAGCAAGUCCCACGCUGGGGAACGUAACGGACAUCAGGCCCGGUCAGAGGGCGCUGGAUCCGUUUGAGAGGGAGAGAAUGGCGAGAAGGGACGAGGAGAAGGGCGGAAGGGCGGAUCCGGGCAAGAAGAAGGAGAAAGGGUGCGGGUGCUGCGUCGUCAUGUGA